AUGAUAGUAAAAAGUGCAGCUCUGAUAACGAGGAAGAUUUCGAACUCCCUUGGCUACAUACUAUCACGCCAUAUUCAGUCGGAUUCAAACGCGAGCUACCUUCGGAAUCCAGGAUCUGAGCCACUUACAAUCGCAACUCUCGGUGAUGUACUUGCCGAGAGUGCCCAAAAGUACCCUGACAGAGUUGCUGUGCGAUCUUUACAUGAAGAUGUCACUCUUACAUACGAAGAAUUAUUAACACAAGCAGAUUCCUUAGGAUGCGCUCUAAGAGCAAAUGGUUUCGAGAAAGGUGACAGACUGGGCGUGUGGUCUCACAACAGCGCCGCUUGGAUUAUCGCGACGGUAGCGGCAGCCAGAGUAGGCGUUAUAUCUGUAUUCAUCAAUCCCGUUUACGAGAAAUCAGAGCUCAGUUUCUGUAUAAAGAAAACUAGCAUGAAAGGCCUCCUUAUUGGCAAUGAGAUCAAGAAUCGGAAUUAUUAUAAUAAAUUAAAACAUCUUAUACCAGAGAUUGAUAAGUCUAAAGCUGGUAGCUUAAAGUCCGAACUGUUUCCUACAUUGAACACAAUUAUUAGUGACGAAAAGGAGAAAUUAAGCGGUGUAUACCAGCUUAAUUCUCUCAUCGAUAACUAUAAAAAUAAACCGGAAAUAUCAAAGUACGGCAGUGAAAUAAAACCAGAUGACGGCAGCAUCGUUCACUUUACAUCGGGGACAACGGGGGACCCUAAAGCAGCUUUAGACUCUCAUCUAGGAGUUGUAAACAACACAUAUUUCGUGGGCAAAAGAAAUGGAUUCCACCAAGGACAUCAGAAGAUUUGUGUUCAGGUACCGCUGUUCCAUGCACUAGGAUCUGUAGUAACACUGUUGAGCGCCUUGAGACACGGUGCCACUCUGGUCCUUGCAGCUCCAACAUACGAUAUACCUGCUAACAUCAGCGCUAUGCUUUCUGAGAAAUGCACAGCAGUGACCGGCACCCCGACGAUGUACGUGGACAUAAUAACGCAGAUCCGAGACAAAGGCGACCUGCCGUUGAACCUCAGGAUGGCGCUGGCGGCCGGCGCGCCCUGCAGUCCGCAGCUGAUCCGACUGAUGCAAACUUACCUGAAGGCACACUCUGUGUUGGCUUUGUACGGUAUGACAGAAACAACAGCUAGUGUCUUCCAAUCAAUGCCAGGUGACAGCAUCGACACCGUUGCUGACACCGUCGGUUACAUUCAAGAUCACGUGGAAGUUAAGGUAAUUGAUGAAAAUGGCGAUCCAGUUCCGUUUGGCAGCCCGGGUGAACUGGCCACGCGAGGAUACAACAAUAUGAUCUGUUAUUGGGGCGAACCAGAAAAAACUAGAAGCAUCUUAUCCAAAGACGGAUGGUUAAAAACUGGGGACGAAUUCACAGUGGCCCCUGACGGCUACGGGCGUGUCGUCGGUAGAUUAAAGGACAUCAUAGUGAGAGGAGGUGAAAACAUCGCGCCAAAGGAAAUCGAGGAUCUACUGAACACGCACCCCGACAUUAUUGAGAGCCAGGUUGUUGGAGUCGCGGAUGAGAGGUUGGGGGAAGAGCUAUGUGCCGUAUUGAGGCUACGCGACGGUGCAUCUAUAUCCAUCAAUGAUGUGCGUAGUCAUUGCAAUGGGCACCUCGCCAAGUUCAAGAUACCAAGACUGUUGAAAAUCACCGACGAGUUCCCCAAGACCGCCUCAGGAAAAAUACAAAAGUAUAAACUAAGAGAACUUAUUGAAUCCGAUAAAUAUGAUGACGCUACGACUACUACGCAAUCGAACGAUAUUUUAUUUUUUAGAACACAGGAAAACACCUUGGUAGUGCCAUUGGAGUCACCUUUGGCUCUCAUAGAAGACAUGUCGUGUAUCAACAAAGACCGCGUAACUGUAUUUUUCGUGCAUGGCUACAAUCAAACAGUAACUAGUCCUGAAGCAAUAGCCAUUCUGUCGGCUUACAUCUAUAAGGGCGACGUGAACAUACUUCUCUUGGAUUGGGCAGAAGAAGCCCGCUACGGAUUAUUGGGUAAAGUAUUGGGUUACCCAAGAGCAAUAAAUAAUUCGGAAAAGAUCGGCGAACAGUUUUCCGCUGCAUUAUUAGCAUUAGCUGCUGCUGGCUUAAAUUUAAACAAAGUUCACUUAGUGGGACAUUCACUUGGCGGCCAAUUAAUUGGUAUUACCGGUAAUCAAGUUCGGACAAAAGGAGGACAUAUAGGGAGGGCCAGAGGAAAUUUUUACCUCGUCACCAGCGAGCAAAGUCCAUUCGGCAAAGGAGAUGAAGGCAUAAGAUCUAAUAAAAUUGCUAGAAGUAAACGUGAAGACACCACGUAG